CGUCUCGCUGGCCCCUGUUACUGCUGGCGAUUCCCCUCCCUGCACUGGGAUUCCCCACCACAAACCUGCCCGCCAUUGUCGCAUCGCAAACCACAGCUACGCCCUACGACGACCCUCGCAGCCAGGACUGCGUCGAUACGAGCCUUUCUGGUGGCAUCUUUCACCCUUUCAGUCUUGUAAAGAUAAUACCCCCAGGUUUGAGGUCACCGCCAUCAAUAUGGACCGCCAGAGCGCCUUCUCGGUCCACGCCUACUCGGCCAAUUUCGAGCAGGGCGAGGACUCCAACGUGCAAGUUCAGGAGCAGCUGUUGCAGUUCAUUCUCGACUUCAGACUCGAGAACAAAUUCGUUUACAGGGACCAACUGCGUGAAAACGCCCUGCUCCAGCGCUUCUACUGCGAUGUCAACAUCGGCGAUCUGAUCAAGUUCAACGAAGAGCUUGCGCACCGGUUGGUCACCGAGCCGACCGAGCUUAUACCCCUGUUCGAGAAUGCGCUGCGGAAAGCCACCCACCGCAUCGUCUUCCCCCACAAGCAAAAGGUCGACCUGCCGGAACACCAGUUACUACUGCACUCGAAUGAGGAGGACGUGUCGAUCCGGAAACUCGACUCGAUGACCAUCUCACGCCUGGUGCGCGUCCCGGGUAUCGUCAUCGGUGCCUCUGUCAUGUCCUCCAAGGCCAACGCCCUGACGGUGCAGUGCCGCAACUGCGCGCACACCUUUGACAUUCCUGUAUCGGGCGGUUUCAGCGGUGUCAGCCUCCCGCGUCGCUGCGAGAGGCACAGGGUCGCCAACGACCCGACGGAAAAAUGCCCGCUCGACCCCUAUUUUGUCAUGCACGAGAAGUCUCGGUUUGUAGACCAACAGGUCGUCAAGCUGCAGGAGGCCCCCGACGACGUGCCCGUCGGCGAGCUACCGCGUCAUGUGCUCAUUUCGGCGGACCGCUAUCUGACAAAUCGGGUUGUGCCUGGUUCUCGUUGCACUGUUAUGGGCAUCUUUUCCAUCUACCAGAACAAGGGGUCCAAGAACUCGACUAGUGGCGCCGUGGCCAUCAGGACGCCGUACCUGCGUGCCGUGGGGAUUCAGACCGACAUCGACACGGCAUCGAGGGGUACUGCCACAUUUUCGCCCGAGGAAGAGCAGGAGUUCCUGGAGCUCAGCAGGCGCGAAAACAUCUACGAGCUGCUAACAAGCUGCAUCGCGCCGUCCAUCUACGGAAGCACUGACAUAAAGAAGGCUAUUCUAUGUCUCUUGUUUGGCGGUUCCAAGAAGAUCCUGCCGGACGGCAUGAAGCUGCGUGGCGACAUUAACGUGCUCUUGCUGGGAGACCCGGGUACCGCCAAAUCACAGCUGCUCAAGUUUGUGGAAAAGGUGGCGCCUAUCGCCAUUUACACCUCUGGCAAGGGUUCGUCGGCGGCUGGCCUCACUGCGUCAGUACAACGGGACCACACGACUCGUGAGUUCUACCUCGAGGGCGGCGCCAUGGUGUUGGCCGACAACGGUGUAGUAUGUAUCGACGAGUUCGACAAGAUGCGCGACGAGGACCGUGUGGCGAUCCACGAGGCCAUGGAACAGCAGACGAUAUCCAUCGCCAAGGCGGGCAUCACUACGAUCCUUAAUGCACGCACUUCGGUCCUGGCAGCGGCAAAUCCCAUCUUUGGACGGUACGACGAGCUCAAAUCGCCCGGCGAGAAUAUCGACUUCCAGACCACCAUUCUGUCUCGAUUUGACAUGAUAUUUAUCGUGCGCGACGAGCACGAGGCUGGCAAGGACCAGCGCAUAGCGAAACACGUUAUGGCGCUGCAUCAGGGCCGGGCAACGGCCGAGGUCGAGGCUGAGACGGAGAUACCGUUUGACAAGCUAAGACGGUACAUCAGCUACUGCAAGUCUCGAUGUGCACCCCGUCUCAGCCCCGAAGCGGCUGAGCGGCUGUCUUCUCACUUCGUCACUAUUCGGCGGCAAGUUCAUGCAGCCGAGAUGGAGUCCAACGCACGGUCGUCAAUUCCCAUCACGGUCCGGCAGCUCGAGGCCAUUGUACGCAUCACAGAGUCGCUGGCCAAGAUGUCGCUGUCGCCGAUAGCGACCGAGGACCACGUCAAGGAGGCAAUUCGGCUUUUCCUGGCGUCCACGCUCGACGCGGUCAACCAGGGCGCGGACCAAGGGUCACGCGAGGUUAACGACGAGGCCGGAAAGGUGGAGGCGGAGCUGCGGCGGCGGCUGCCCAUCGGCUGGAGCACGAGCUUCGCGACGCUGAGGCGCGAGAUGGUGGAGGGCAAGGGGUUCAGCGAGAUGGCCCUCAACCGGGCGCUCAAGAUCCUCCAGCGCAGAGAGACUAUUAUGUUUAGGAACCAGGGGGCGCAGAUUUACCGUAACGGUGCUUAAUAUCUUCUUUUUCCUGUUUGUAAAUACACCGAAACGAUGGUGUAGGGUAACGCGCAUGACGGGAUGACAUGGAACACAAAACGGCCCUGUACCGGAAUCAUGUGCGGAUCGGAAUGUCGGUGUUUUAACAAAGCGCCCGAACGCUGAAAGCCGCGCUGCGAGUGCCAUCCAAUAAUAAAGGCGUAGCCCGGUGGAUCAUGUUUGUGUGGGAGCUCCUUGCGUCGUAUUUUCGUAUAGCA